AGUUUUGGAAGGAAUGGACGCAGGUCAGGGUCAGCAGCAGACAGCCAUGGCACUGAACCGCCAACGCCGGCGAACCCCCUUAAACGUUUUCCAGCAGCCUUCACCGGCUCUAAUUCCCAACUCCAGUGGUACUGCACCUCUUCUCCGUGUAAUUUAUCUCUUCAACUUUGUUUCUCCUGGGUAAAAUUCACUCUCUUCUGUUUCUUAAUUUGCGAAUCAGAUCUACGAUUGGAACGCAUUGUGUCUCCGUCGAUGUCUAGGAAACGCCCUUCCGAGCCGCAGGCCACAACUGCGCGCGCAAGGAAGCGCCGCCUUGCCGCGGCGGUGGCCUCAGAUGAAGUUGCACCCCCGUCCACCUCUUCCCCCUGGGCGUGUCGUCUUCCAGGGGAUAUGGUUCGCCAGAUAGCGAUGCGCGUGCUAGCCGGCGAUUUUCUGGAUUACGUCCGCUUCCGCGCUGUUUGCACCAGUUGGAGGUCCGGCACCGUCUGCCCGCGCGGCCGCGGGGUCGUCGAUCCACACUUCCACCCGCGCCGCUGGAUGAUGCUGCCGGAGGGUCACGGUCUCUACCCCGGGCACGGCAAGCUGCGCGGCUAUGUCCGUUUCUUCAACCUUGACACGGGAACCUUCGUCCGAGUCAAGCUCCCGCUUUUCAGGAACCACUGCGCUCUUGAAUCUGUCAACGGCCUCCUUCUUCUCCAGAGAGACCAAGACACCGCCGUCCGCCUCCUCUACCCUUUCACAGGAGACAUUGCUGAGCUCCCACCGCUUGCCACCCUCCUAACUCAGCUGGACAAUGAUCUUCCUGUUGCAAAUCCUGAUCCCGAGCUGUCAAAAUGGUACUACAUCAGAUGCGGUAUAUGCGCUUCCGUUUCCUGCACCGGUGGAUCCAUCAUCGUCAUGCUUAUGUUCAGUCGUCUGCGGCGUCUGGCCUUCGCCACCUCCCAGGACCAGCAAUGGACCAUGCCAAGCUGGGAUAUCCCGGUUAAUAGGUCAACCUUGUCAUUCCGAGGCAAGCUAUUCUUGGCGCAAUCUUAUCCUAGCUCUAGUGGAUCAUUGGUUUUCCAGAUUGACCCUCCCCUGCAGCCUGGUUCGCCGCCGCUGCCGCCAAAGCUGAUCGCCACAUGUCCGGCAGAUAAGCUCUACUGCGGUUUCCAUCUGGUAGAGUGCGACUCGCAGAUCCUGCUUGUUGGCCAUAACAAUAGCUCUUGGUCGCACUUUGUGAUUUACAAACUUGAGGACCUUAUCUUGGAAACAUUUACCCCGGUGAAAAGCAUUGGUGACCGUGCUCUCUUCCUCGCGAACAAGUGCCUCAGUGUCUCCUCUAAGGUGCUGCCUACUGUCAUGUCUGAAACUGUUGUCUACAACCAUCCAACUGAUCGUUCUUUUGCACAAUACCAUCUCAAUACUGGUGCUUGGUCUCGACCAAUCGACACGUGCAGUCUAAAUGGCUGUAACCCGGGUCCUCGUAGCCUCAUCCAGCACGUCAUUACCUGCUGCAUUCGCGAUGUCUGGAACAAAGGGCUGUUAUGUUCGGAAAAGGAAUCAAGUGAAGCUGGAUUGCUUUUUUGGAAGGUGAAGAGAAAGCUCCGUUUUUGGUCAUGAAUGGUCCCUUAUAUCCAGAAGCUGGAAGCUUGGAUUUUCAUGCUGCCAUGAAGAAGGAAGACUAGUUAGAUUGCCAUGCGUCAUCGUCCCGUCCUCUUCGCUAUAAUGUAUCCACAUGUUAUCUAUUGUUAAGUUACUGUAGCUUGUAAAAUUAAAUGCGCUUACCUCCUGUUUUUCAGCACUGUUAAACUUGGUUUUCAGCAA